GAGACAAAUGGCGACCUUGAAACGCUACUGGAGCGCUUCGAUGCGUUUUGCAUCCCACGGCAAAAUAUCGUCAUGGAACGAUUCAAGUUUUAUAAUCGAACCCAAGGGCCGGGCGAGCCCAUCCUGCAAUUCGUGGCAGCUUUGAGGACCAUGGCUGCAACAUGCGAGUUCCCGGAUCGCGACAAUAUGCUACGGGACCGCGUUGUGAUGGGUGUGAGGGACUCCCGCACACAGCAGGCCCUUCUGAAGAAGUCUGGCCUCUCGCUCACACAGGCGAUUGACAUCGCACUUGCCGAAGAAGCGGCCAGCCGUGACUCCAAGUUGAUCAGCGCCGGAGACGAGCAGCGGCCGCCGACUGAGAGUGGAGUAGCUGCAUCUAUGGUGGCCCGACAGUGUCGCUUCUGCUGCCAAUCUCACCAGAUGGCUCGAAAGUAUUGCCCAGCGUGGGGCAAAACGUGUGCAGUGUGCCAAGGCACGAACCACUUCGCCGGCAGCCAGCAGUGCCCGGGGCGCGCCGCUGAGCCGCGCCCGCGCCGCCCAGCCGGCGGCAGCGCUCAGCCGACGGCGCGCCGAUCAGCUGACUGGCGGCCGGCUCCAGCCGCCGCGCAGGGACGGCGGCCGGCGAGUCGGCCGGCGGCGGCGGCGGUACAGCCGGAGGUAUCACCGCCAGCCAACGUCAGCCCGGAGGCUGAGUUCGACAUCAUGACGACCGAAGGUUUUCCAACGGCUGGAGGCGAUUCGGGCCGCCACUGAGGCGGACCCUGUUCUGACGACGGUCAUCCGACAGCUGCAGCUGGGAUGGCCGGAUGACCGGCGCCGCCUGCCGGCCAGUCUAAGGGCCUUCCACCACCUCCGUGGGGAGUUGGCCUCGGAAGACGGCCUGCUAUA